AUGGCUAAUCAGUCAACAAGGCAAGGGACUAAAGAUUCCAGGACUAUGACUGUGGAGUCCCACUACCUAAGAGAUUUCCAGAGGCAUAAAUCGCCUUCCUUUGACGGAGGUAAGGUGGAUCACAUUGCUACAGAGAAUUGUCUAGAGACCAUAAAAACGACCUUCCAUUUUAUGAACUACCCGCUAAAGUAUCAAGUCCAUUGUGGGACGUAUAUGCUGAAAGGAGAGGCGCACUUCUGGUGGAAAGGUGCUCAAAAGAACAUUAUACCACAGGGAGAGUUUAUUACCUGGUGCCAGUUUAAAGAUCCUUAUCUCCGCAAAUAUUACCCAAUCACUGCCAGAGUGAAAAUGCAAGCAUCAUUCCUCGAACUGAAACAGGGAGAUAGGUCAGUGGAGGAAUAUGACUUAGAGUUCAAUAGGUUGGCAAGGUUUUCUCCAGCCUAUGUUAGUUGUAAUGAGUUGAAGGUCGAACGAUUUAUUACUGGCCUAAGGGAUGUCCUGAAGGGGAAUGUGUCAGCCUAG